GAGAAAAAACUUGUUAUGGGCCUGUCGCCACACUUCCCCAGAGUGAGAAGAGAGGAUGCUGAGAAUUCUUUCACACUCUUCCUCAUAAACUCCAGAGUUGAAAAACAAAGCAGAAGGUGAAGAGCCCAUAGCGGUUUAUCAGUGGUUAAAAAGCUCUUCCCAGAAAGAAUGGAAGUUAAGGACGAGCAACGCCGUGAAAUACGAUCUCCUCUUCGCCUAUCAACUCCAUAUGGAAGAAGCUAUGUACAGCUCCCUCCCAAAAGAAAAUGCACUUCAAGUUGAAGACUCACUUUUUACAAUGAGGAAGUCAUCCCAAAGGAAUUGUCCAAAUACAAGCAGCAAAUCCACGAUUGUGAAAAUGCCGAGGCGAAGAUGAAGAAAAUUGAGAUACUGAAAAAGUGUAAGGGUUUGGUUGAAAGUGCUCCACUAUUGACUAAUGAAAUUGCACUGCUUGAAGGGCUUCAUGUUUCUACAAGUCUGGUAUUGAUAUGGGUUAUUAUCUUUUUGGAUCGUAAAAAAUAUGUUAGGGGCAAAUUGCAUCCAGGGGAGGGAAACAUUGUUGCACUGGUUGAACAGGCAACUUCUCUUUUAAGAAAAUUUGUGGAUUGUAUACCAUUUCUUUUGACACCGAACACCGUCAACUUUGCAAAUAAACGUGCUACUGAUGCCAUAGUCUCCCAGGUUAAGCAACCAUUAAAAACUACUCGAAAGAGAAAGAGCAUCACCAAGAGUUGUGCUAUUUGUCUGCAGGAUAUUGAUAUAGAUCAUAUGUUUCUAAUUAAUGGUUGCCUGCAUUGUUAUUGCAUUUCCUGUAUGAAUAAACAUGUGGAAGCUAAGCUCCUUCAAGGAAUGCUACCAGAAUGCUCUCAUGAUGGAUGCAAGUCCAAGUUGAAAAUAGAUAACUGCAAAAAGUUUUUGACACCCAAUCUAUAUGAUUUGAUGAGUGAACGUGUGAAGGAAACUACCAUUCCUAUCACGGCAAAGAUUUACUGCCCAAAUCCCGAAUGUUCUACAUUGAUGUCAAAAGCAGAGGUCCAAAUUUCUGCCCAAGGUGGGGCCGUAACGUGCACGUAAUGUUGCCUCAUUUUCUGUAUCAAUUGCAAAGUUCCUUGGCAUCAAAGCAUGACUUGCCUUGCCUAUAGAAGAUUGAACCCUUACAAGUGCUUAGACGACCCAAAGCUCAAGUCUCUUGCUACACACAGUCGUUGGCGUCAAUGUGUAAAG